AUGUUCUCCGAAUAUGCCUCCAAGUUCCUCUCCCAGUCUCAGUCGCGGCUGUCACUGGGCCAGCCCGAGUCGACGUUUGCCCGCAACCCUUCAGACCGCCAGCGUCCCUCGUCGCGCGCCGCCCAGGCCUACCUGCAGCGCCGCAACAUGCCGAACCCGUACAACUCCCAAGCCAUGUCGCGCUUUGCCUUUGCAUCGCGCACCUCCAACGCCCCUGCGCCGCUCUUCUACUCCGCCACCGACGACUUCCGCGAAGAGGACGACCAUGUCGAGCACGACCGCGAGAUGGCCGACCACUACGCCCUCCAACGCUCGCGGCGCCAGUUCGGCGCAAGCAACCUCUCCGAAUCCUCUGAAGUCGACGACGACGGGCUCCACCGAUCGGACCACACCUUGGAAGCCGACCGCGACGAGAACGAUGCGCCCGACUACGGCCUAGGUAGAGGCAUCAAGAGCUCCUGGAAGGGGGACAAGCCAGCACGGGGGAGAUCGACUACCCUCACACGACUCGACGACGAAGAGCGAGAUUCGAGCGUGCCCCUGUCCGAGUCAACAGAACCGAGCAGCAGGGGGAACGGGAGAUUGGUCGAUGUAGAGCUGGCUUCGACAGCGAGAGGCAGUAUCGAAGAGCUGGACAGGCAAGAAGCAUUCGAUCACAAAGACGAUCCACCGCCGUCCUACCAACAAUUCCGAAAUAUGCCGAGAAACAAGCGCCUUCGCAGUCCACUACGGACCACCCUACCUGUACCGCAAGAAACAGACGAAGAUGUGCUGCUUGAACGUCCGCGAUCCAUUAGCCCAGACCGUCAGACCGUCCCAGAUCUUGUCCCUGAAGACAUGACAGCACCCCCAAGACACAACUUCUUCUGGGCUGAGCUGUUCGUUAUCGUACAGUGCGCCAUGAUUGGCAUAUGGUUCAUCUCCUUCCUGCAAGAGUCGCCGCCUGGGAAGAAGAACCCACUCGGAGACACAGUCUAUACCGUUCUCCGGUCCUCUUUCCACCUCAUAGGCGUCUACUCAUUGGUAUCCGUUGUUGUUGGUCUACUAUGGUUGUCCCUGCUACGCUCGUUUGCCCGACCUCUAGUCUACUUGAUGCUUGUCGCAGUACCGGUCAUCUCCUUCUCCUUCUGGCUGUAUCCGUUCAUUUCGAGCUUGAAGGGCUCGUGGCAUGGAAACAGCACACAAGACAAGGCAAUGCGCUGGCUCUCAUUCGGCCCGCUCAUACUCGCCAUUUUCUGGAUCUACACAGCCUUCAAGGCACGACACUCGCUGCACAAGGCUAUCGGCAUGCUCGAGUUCUCGAGUGACAUCCUCAAGUCGCAAGCGCCCCUCCUCAUGGUUGGCGUUGCAACACUUGCCGCCGUGAUGCUCUGGUCAUGGCUCUGGAUCCUGAUGUUCACUCGACUGUUUCUUGGUGGCCACUUUGCAAGCAAUAAGUCACGCUGGAUCGUGGACGCCAGUACUUGGUGGCUUGGGAUUGCUUUCUUCCUCAACUACUUCUGGACAUUGGGCGUCAUUGCCGGCGUGCAGCGAGCAACAACAGCAGCAACCGUUUCCCAGUGGUACUUCCACCGCAACACGGCGCCCACACCACCAGCCUUGACUGUUGUGCAAGCCUCGCUCAACCACGCUUCGUACACCAUGGCUGGCACCAUUUGUCUCUCGACCCUGAUCUCGCUUGCAGUGCGACUGCCCCUCAUCGUCCUCCCCCGACGCAUCGCCGGCAUGAUCGCCAUGUGCGCAUACUCCGUUGUGCCCACCCCAAUCGCCGCCUUGACGAACCCUCUCACCCUGACUUUCGCAUCGAUCCAUGGCGUGCCUCUCAACCAAGCCGCGCGCGGUCUCUCUCAGAUGAAUUUCAUCUCAGCAGCGUCCCCAACAACCACGCUCGGCCCAAGCUCUUUCAAAAACCACGGUCGACCUUCACUCCAAUCCUACCGCCUGGCCAAGCUCUUGCUGCACGCCAUCCGCUGGGUCAUCACCAUAACGCUUGGUUUCGGAGGCUGGGUGUCGACCGCAAGAAUGCUGCAGAUCGGCAACGAGACCGUGCCGUACAAAGGCAGUCUGUACGCCUACAUAGUGGGCAUCAUCAGCGCUGCAAUCGGCUGGGGCGCUCUGGGCGCCAUGGAGGGCGUUCUGGGCGGCAUUUUGGACGCCGUACUCGUCUGCUGGGGCAGCGAGGUCGGGCGAGACGGCCAAGGCGAGGCGCGAUACUGCGUCGAUGCUGGACGACUGUUCGACGACGAGGUCAACGGACGCGGAAGGGGCCGAUUCGAGGCGUGA